AUGAGUCAUCGCUUGCACAAACACGCACCUCAUCUGAUGAUGGACAAAUCGCACGUGGAGGAGAAAGGCCACAUCAUGGAACAUUUAGAAGGCGUAGUGGAUUCCACGUUCGACAUCAACAAAAUGGCGGAGGAAGAGCUUAGAUUCCUCUACUUCAAGAUGCAUGACAACGAUGACAACAACAAGCUGGACGGUUGCGAAUUGAUAAAGUCCCUUCUGCACUGGCACGUCGAGGAAAGUAAGAUGAUGGGACCAGAAAAUGGUGACAUUGGGACAACCAAGAUUUUCGGAAACGAAGAGCUGGCGCUCAUGAUAGAUCCUAUUUUAACAUCAGACGAUAAGAAUCGGGACGGAUUCAUAGAUUACGCAGAAUUCGUCGCAGCUCAGAAAGCAAGAGGAUUCUAA